UAUAAAAUUUUACCUCUCCUCUCUCCAAUUUCCAUUCCACACCCAAAUCUCCUUCUCUCUCUAAUGGAGUCUCCUCCAAGAUAUCUCCUCUUCUUCUUCUUCUUCUUCGCCGCCGUCGCCUCCGCCGCGUCGGAGUUCCAAACCCUUACUCUCCGCCGUCUUCCAAUUCCCUCUCCCCUUCCCUUUCCACAACCCCAAUUCGACACCCAAGAAACGCUCGAAUCCACCGCCGCCCUCACGGUUGAGCUCCACCAUUUGGAUUCACUCUCUCCCAACAAAACCCCCUCCGAUCUCUUCAACCUCCGGCUCCACCGCGACGCCCUCCGUGUUGACUCGUUGACCUCCCUGACUGCUGCCCGGAGCCGGACUCCUCUCCGGCGAGCCGGGUUCAGUAGCUCUGUUAUCUCCGGCCUUGCUCAAGGUAGCGGUGAGUACUUCACCCGCCUUGGCGUCGGAACGCCUCCUAGAUAUAUCUAUAUGGUCCUCGACACCGGAAGCGACGUCGUUUGGCUUCAAUGCUCCCCUUGCCGGAAAUGCUACUCCCAAUCUGAUCCCAUUUUUAACCCCUUCAAAUCCAAAUCCUUCGCCGGAAUCCCCUGUUCUUCACCUCUCUGCCGCCGCCUUGACUCCUCCGGCUGCAACACUCGCCGCCACACCUGCCUCUACCAAGUCUCCUACGGCGAUGGGUCCUUCACCACCGGCGAUUUCGCCACCGAAACGCUCACGUUUCGUGGGAAUAAAAUCGCCAAAGUCGCCCUCGGCUGCGGCCACGACAACGAAGGCCUCUUCGUCGGUGCCGCUGGAUUAUUGGGUCUUGGCCGUGGUCGGUUUUCUUUCCCUUCUCAAACCGGACUCCGGUUCAACCACAAAUUUUCUUAUUGUUUGGUGGACCGGUCCGCUUCCUCCAAACCCUCCUCUAUGGUUUUCGGUGAUGCGGCAAUUUCCCGGCUCGCCCGGUUCACUCCUCUGAUUUUGAACCCGAAAUUGGAAACGUUUUAUUAUGUCGAACUUAUCGGAAUCAGCGUCGGCGGAGUCCGAGUCCGCGGCAUCUCCGCCUCCCUCUUCAAGCUCGAUUCGGCCGGCAACGGCGGCGUCAUAAUCGAUUCGGGUACAUCGGUAACCCGGCUGACCCGACCGGCGUACACUGCUCUUCGCGAUGCGUUCCGGGUCGGAGCGUCCCAUUUAAAAAGAGGUCCCGAGUUUUCGCUGUUCGAUACGUGUUACGACUUGUCGGGACAGUCGGCGGUGAAGGUCCCGACAGUGGUGCUGCAUUUCCGGGGAGCUGACAUGGCAUUGCCGGCGACAAAUUAUUUGAUACCAGUAGACGACAGUGGGAGCUUUUGCUUUGCGUUUGCGGGUACGAUGUCCGGAUUGUCGAUAAUUGGGAAUAUUCAACAGCAAGGGUUUCGGGUCGUGUACGAUUUGGCGGGUUCUCGGAUCGGGUUCGCUCCACGUGGGUGCACGUGAUGUCUGACCCUGAGAUGGGAUUUGUGUUCCUUAGGGACAAAACAGGAAUAACAAAAAAGAAGGGGGGAAAUUAAAAGAAAAAUAGGAAUUUUCUUCAUGACAUUUGGGAUUUAUGUUUUUUUUUUUCUCUUUUUAUUGGUGUAAUGUAUUUAAUAUCUAUUUAAGUAACUAAGCCUCUAACUUGGAGGUUAUUUGGUUUUU